AUGGUUUCCAAGAAACCAACAAGGCUAAAGAGCCUUUCCAGUGGCCGCCCACCAACGGUGAAAGCAUCUCGGUCCAUGUCCCGUAAGGCAAGCCGAACACUCAUCAACACUCACCACCAACUUGACAAGCAGCGCCGACAGGCCGCAUCCAAGGGCGAUAAGGGGACCGAGGCACGCAUCACUGCAGAAAUCGAAAAGUUGGGCGGAAUUGAUCACUAUCAAAAGGCGAGCUUACAGGGCCAGAGUCUUGACCGUGGUGGCGACACAUCCAAGGUGCUACUCGAGUGGCUUCCCGUCGCUGACUUGAAGAAGCAUGGGCAACCUCUCAAGAUGCUCGAGGUCGGUUCUCUAAGUACUCGGAAUGCAUGUUCGACCAGCGGCAUCUUCGACAUGCAGCACAUCGAUCUAAACAGCCAGGAACCCGGUAUCAAGCAGCAAGAUUUCAUGGAUCGGCCACUGCCCAAGGAUGAUUCCGAGACGUUUGACAUCAUAUCACUCAGCCUAGUCCUCAAUUUUGUGCCCGAAGCCGAUGGGCGCGGUCAGAUGCUUUUGCGGACGCUUUCCUUUCUCCGCAAAGAAUCAGACACGCCAGUGGGAACCGCCAAGGACCUAUUCCCUUCACUAUUUGUGGUUCUUCCUCGGAGCUGCGUGGACAACUCACGGUACUUUACGGACGCCAGGUUUAAUGAACUCAUGACGAUCCUUGGGUAUGCCCGAUUGCAGACUAAGAUGACUCAGAAGCUCGCAUACUCACUGUGGAGGAGGGUGGGUUCUACGCGCACCAGGAUGCCGAGUUUUACGAAGAAGGAGAUCAACCCAGGAAGAACACGAAACAAUUUCGUCAUGACCAUGAAGGGUUCGGCGGUUCGGCCGGAAUAG